AUGGCGCUGGGGUUGUCCUCCAAGAAAACCUCUUCCCGGAACAUCUCAGUAGAAAGGAAAAAUCUGAUUACAGUCUGCAGAUUCUCUGUGAAGACUUUAUUGGAAAAAUAUACGAUAGAACCCAUUGAUGACUCAUCCGAAGAGUUUGUCAACUUUGCUGCGAUUUUAGAGCAUAUACUCAGCCAUCGUUUCAAAGGGGAACAUGGUCCUGCCAGUUGGUUUAGCUCUGAUGGACAACGUGGCUUCUGGGAUUACAUCCGCCUGGCAUGCAACAAAGUCCCAAAUAACUGCGUCAGUAGUAUUGAAAACAUGGAAAACAUAAGCUCCUCCAGGGCUAAGGGCCGGGCAUGGAUUCGUGUGGCCCUGAUGGAGAAGCGCAUGUCUGAGUAUAUUGCAACAGCACUUCGGGAUACUAGAACAACCAGGAGAUUUUAUGAUGAUGGAGCAAUAAUGUUACGAGAAGAAUCGACUGUCCUUACAGGAAUGCUGAUUGGUCUCAGUGCUAUAGACUUCAGUUUCUGCCUCAAAGGAGAAAUUAUGGAUGGUAAGACACCAGUGGUUAUCGACUAUACUCCCUAUCUGAAGUUUACACAGAGUUAUGAUUACCUAAGUGAUGAAGAGGACCGGCACAGCCUGGAGAGCAGCACCAGUGAAGAGAGCUCUCCUGACCACCCUUACUUACCAUUAGUGACUGCAGAAGACAGCUGGUAUAUUAAAUGGCGCAAGAUAGAGCAGAAGUUUCGCAUCGUCUAUGCACAAAAGGGCUACCUAGAAGAGCUAGUUCGGUUGAGAGAGUCACAACUCAAGGAUCUGGAGGCAGAGAACAAACGCCUGAAGUUACGGCUGGAAGAGGUGAAAGUGCAGAAUCAGUUAGAGAAACGGGAAUUGGAAGGCAUCAUCCUGGAACUGCAAGAGCAGCUGACAGGCCUCAUUCCUUCAGACAACAGCCAGUUUGCCCAACUCUCCAAGGAGAUGUCCGCACCCUUGGUGAACCAGUGGCCCUCUUUGGGUACUCUGAACGGUAAUGAAAGCCACGCAGAAGCUAAGAUAUUCAGGAGGCACAGCUUCAUGAGCACAGAUCAACUCUCCACGGAAAUAAGCUUGAGUUCUGAUUCACAACGGAUGGGUGAAGGGAAACAUGAAGGGGAGCCUUGGGGGCCACUGGGAAAGGACCCAACUCCAUCAAUGUUGGGCCUCUGUGGAUCUUUGGCCUCACUGCCUAGCUGCAAAUCUUUAGCUAGCUUAAAAUCCAAUGAGUGUCUGGUGAGCGACAGCACAGAGCCCAGCCCUGCUCAUAGCCCCAGCUGAGACAUCUUAUAAAUGUCUAUGAAGGAGAUUUUGGGCGGACAAAACAUCUUGAGUCAAGCCCCUUUGGCUUGAUUUCAGCAGGUGGGGAGGGCAACUGAACCAUUUAUCCAGCUUGAUGCAAAAGGGCAAUGUGUCUGCUUCCUCAUCAAAAUAUUCUUAGAAACCCAGACUUUCUUCCUUAAAUUGGGAGCAGAGAAAAAAAAGAGAAAGCACCCACUUUGUCAAAAAAUGGAAGGAUU